AUGGGCACAUCAGAAGGAAAAUCGUACAACCUCCACCGGCUCGAGGAUCAGUUUGGAAGCUUUCUCCUCAAGGAAUAUCCCGUGGAGAGCCAGAUGCACAUCUUUAGAUCAGAACAGGAUUUUGGAAAAGGAUGGCAUAUGAAUCGGCAAUCGAGAAUACCGAAUGUCCGCCACCCCUACCACUCCCAUGGCCACCCAUUUAGAGCCAUCUUUCCUCAACUAAAACUACAGGAGCCGUUGUGCAAACUGGAGGCCCGCCGCCUACGAGAGUCCCAGAUUAUGGGUUACUUUUCUGGGCAACUUUGCUCCGCUCAUGACUUGUUGGAAGCAAUUCACAACGAUGAGACUGUUGAAAUAUUCGCCGCGCUUGACUGCCACAAAUAUCCCCGCUACGUUAGCUCCGACUUGAUUCAACUCCUCAAACUCAUAAAAUGCCGCCACUGGUGGCGCACUCAGAUAUGCAAAUACGAAACCUCCCGCCGCUUCGACCAGAACCAACUUGAGCGAGACUUAGCAAAAAUUCGAAACUAUGGUAUUAAGGUUCUUCGGCUUGGGAGGCUUAAGCUUGGAGAACACGAGUUUGACCGUUCCGAAAGGCGAGUCUCCAAAAAGUUGGAAAAAUAUGGGCACAAGGACAAAACUCUGCUGAGUGGGUUGAUACUGCAUCAAGAAACGACCGGAAAUUGGAGGCGUCUGGGAAUUUUCCUGUGGAAACUCGGCGGGUCUGUAGAGGGAUACGCUGAGGACUUGGGAGUAGAAUGGAUGGAUGAAGAGGUAUAUUUCGGCUAG